UAUGAUAUUGUUGACCAGAAAUUUAAUGUUUUUAUUCUUUAGGUCACGAGGAGCAAAUGUUGGUGAAAGGAGGAGAAGGAGGAGGCAUUGCAGGGACCACUGCCGCUUCCUGUCCAGCUGUGCUCGGGGGUCGGGUUUCAGGGGAGAUGCGGCAGCACCCUGCAGGCGAGAGCGAAGGGGAAACCCCGGAUUCUGACGACGUAACUCCGGGAGAAGAGGCCAGAAGAGGCCUGGACAGGCUGCCAUGCGCGGGGAAGCACCAGAGGAACUGCGCCUGCAUCACCGCGGCCCUCCAGUGUCCAGAUGUAAACAUGCCCAACGGGGAUGUUGACAGCUGUCCCGGAGCAGAUCUAGCUUACUAUAAACAGACAGGCGUGUUUUCCAGUCCAUUGCUUCUUGGCCAGAAUCUCGGUUUGUGCGACGUGAACUGUGAGGAAAAGAAAGUUGCCAAUGGUGGUUUGCACAUCGUCACCACCAAGGGAGAAACAUGUGACUGGCCUGACUCAGACCAUUCCCCCGAAAACAGUCAUUUUGACCAGGAAAACGGAGAGUUGGGCCAAAGCGACUGCCCCGGAGCAUUGGUGUCCCAGUGUUUGGGGGAGACUGCGCCAGCCGCAGCAGGACUCCCUCCCUUCCUUGACUCCUCCAAGGACUCCCCCAACCUGGGAUCAAGUGCCAAACUCCCCUCGCCCUGCCUCUCCAACGUGAACGGUGACAGUCCGCUUUCUGAGCCCAACAUCAGGGAGGACGAGGAGGAUUUCAGUGACCUCAGUUUGCCCGUCAGGCCACAGAGUUUGAGGACUAACCUCAACCUUGCGGUGUCCCUCAGCUGUGAUGCCACCCCGUUAUCACCCGACGAGGAUGGGGGCUUUUAUUUUGGAGACGAGGGCUACGAGGAGGACUUUAGGAACGUUUUGGAAGUGGGUCGCAGGCAGAGCGCCCCAGACAAGCUGCCAGACCUGAGCGAACAAGCAGACAACCCGGACUCCAAGCUGAUGCCAAAGAGGUUCGGCAUCGCUGAUUUCUUCACCAGGAGCCUGUUUUCUAGGAAAUCCAAAGAGCCCAAAGCAUCAUCCCAUAACGCAACAGGGUGGCGACUAUUUGGCAAGACAGCAGCCAGAGAGGACGAUCCACCUACAGACCCUGACUGCACGUUGUCCAGACAGCAGGAGGAGGGGGAGAAGGACUCAGAUGUGUCCUCGGUUCCUCAGCUUCCUCUGGCUGCAGGGAGGAGGAAGAACCUGGAGUUUGAGCCUCUUUCCACCACAGCUCUCAUCCUGGAGGACCGGCCAGCGAACCUACCUGCCAAAUCUCUGGAGGAAACUCAGCGGCACAAAAUGGAGUACGAGGAGAUGGUGGCAGGAGCUAAGAGGAGAGAGAUGAAGGAGGCCCAGAGGAAGAAGCGUCAGAUGAAGGAGAGGCACAGGCAGGAGGACAUCAUCUCCAACGCCAUGGUCGUGUGGAACAACGAGAUCCUGCCGCAUUGGGACACCAUGAAGGGAACGAGGCGCGUCAGGGAGCUCUGGUGGCAGGGACUUCCUCCCAGUGUCAGAGGAAGAGUGUGGAGCCUCGCCAUCGGCAACGAGCUCAACAUCACACCAGAGCUGUAUGAGAUCUUCCUGUCCAGAGCCAAAGAGAAGUGGAGGAGUUACAGUGAAACCAGUUCAGUCAACGACAGUGAGAGCGACGGAGGAGCGUCUCUGGCUGACAGAGAGUCCAGUCUGGACCUCAUCAAACUGGACAUUUCCAGAACCUUCCCCUCUCUCUUCAUCUUCCAGAAGGGUGGUCCCUACCACGACCUCCUCCACAGUGUGCUGGGAGCUUACACCUGUUACAGACCGGACAUUGGCUACGUCCAGGGCAUGUCAUUCAUCGCUGCUGUGCUGAUCCUCAACCUGGAGGAGGCCGAAGCCUUCAUCACCUUCGCCAACCUGCUCAAUAAACCCUGUCAGAUGGCCUUCUUCAGAGUCGACCACGAGCUGAUGUUGAAGUACUUUGCAGCCUUUGAGGUUUUCUUUGAGGAGAAUCUGCCUCGUCUCUUCAACCACUUCCAAACCAACAACCUGACCCCUGACCUCUAUCUGAUCGACUGGAUCUUCACUCUGUACAGUAAGUCCCUCCCUCUGGACGUGGCGUGUCGGGUUUGGGACGUCUUCUGCCGGGACGGGGAGGAGAGUUUGUUUCGGACGGGGCUGGGUAUCCUGCGUCUGUUUGAGGACGUCUUGCUGCAGAUGGACUUCAUCCACAUCGCUCAGUUCCUGACCCGCCUGCCGGAGGACCUGCAAUCGCACACACUGUUCACCGCCAUGGCCAACACUCACAUGAUCAGCAGGAACCGCCGCUGGGCUCAGGUGUUCGCUGCAUUGAUGAAGGACGGAAAUAAAGAGACGGACAAAAACGCCAGCCCGGCCCUGAGAAGCUAACACUAGCUCACCUUGACGCUAACGCCACCUCUCUUCAAACUAAUCGUCGAGCUGUGAAGGCUGAAGCUCGGCUCGCCGGCCGUGAGAGGCUCGCUGUGAAGCUUCAAGCUACGUAGCCUGAAACUCUCGCUGCAGAGGCACUGCUACGAAGCUUGAAGUGAAAAUGGGCCCGCUGAGGAGGAGGAGGAAGCUGAACUUUUGGGGACAGAGACGAGCUGUUAGUCAGGCGACGGAGGAAUCUGCGCUGGAGCCAGUGGCCGGUUAGUGCUAAACUUCAGCAACCAUUGUCAGUAUUUCACCAGACUAAUUUUGGAGAAGCAGUGUCACUAUUUGAGCAGCCUGCUAAAGCUGGAAAAUUAAAACUGACUUCCAGAUGAUAUUCUGUGUUUUCCUCUGCCGGCUGAGAGCAAAAACUCACUCGCGUGUGGAAACUCUGCCUCCCCGUCGGGACUUUAAACACCACUAACACCGAGCAUUGCGCCCUGUGUAAUUCUCAAAGACUCAAAUUCUAAUUUUCGGUGCUAAUGAUUUUCUAAAGGCUUCAGAAAGACCUCUGUGGUUUAAUUAUUAAUGUAGGUCCUUGUGGUUUUAAGUUCACACUAUUAUUAAUUUGCUGCAUAUUUUUUUAGCUUGAACUCUGGAUCUAAAAAAAAAGAUGGGAAUCUGCAGAAGCAUGGCUGAUGAUAUAUUAGCUGAUAAAUUAGGCUCCCACUUUAACCACGUAGCUUUUUAAAAAUGUUCAUCCAAGGCAAAAAAAACCCAACAGAAUAUGGGAAGUUUGGUUGAGAAGAAAACAUUUUGUAUAAUGUAGUGUUUCUAAUAAUUAUUAAGGAAUCAAACAAUACACAUCUCAUUAGUGAUCCUAAUCAAGUACAAGCAGACUUAAUAUUUUGUGAUUUUGAUGUUUUUACAGGAAAUUAUUUAUUCCAUAGUCCACUGGGCUCAAGAAGUCUUUUCUACGUGUGUUAGAUACUUUAAAAUAUUAUCCUGAAUAUCAAAAUCAAACUGUUUUAAUGGCAGAAAAUUAGUGAUGGUGGAUAUAGAAACCCACUGUCGUCGUUAGUGUUCAACCAGACCGAUUUUUAGAUGUUUAAAGAGUCUUUAUCCUGUUAGUUCUGCUGGUAAUUCAUCAAUUCAAGAAAUGGUGAUUAACAGUAGUGUCAGAUUCUGAUGUAUGGGUCAAAAUUUUGGGAGCGUGGGGACAUCGCAGUUUUCAAUCAGUGUUCAAGGAUCCAGAUUUACCCUCAGAGCACUUUAUAUAUGCAGCACUGAAGCUACAUUUGAAACACUGGCUUUCAGAGGUGCAAAACUACACUGAGCGAGCUCAAACUAAAUGAACAGGGCAUUAAGUGCCUCAUUGUUUCCUCUCUCAGUGGUUAGAGGGAAAUAAACUAGACGACCAAGCUUGCCAUUUAGAGCAGAUUAGAUAGAAACAUGUAGGUUAAACAUCGAGCAGAUAUACCGGCUUUGCUUAUUUUGGCUUUGCAGCUUUUACGCGUCUUAGCUUAAGAAUGAAGCUUUUUUAGUCUUUGCAGCAGAAACUUUUCUCACUUGUUUCAUCGUUUGUGAAAAUGCAAAAAUACGUUUCAGAAACUUAUAUUGACGAACAACGCUAAAAAAAAUGCCUGCACACUUUAUAGUAUUUCCAUAUACGGAAGUUAGAGGUGGUAUUUUUAAUGAAUUGCCCUGGGAGAUAUUUCAGUAUAACAUAAUACCUUCUUCAGAACUUCAGAUUCUGCCUCAAUGCAACUUUUUAAAACUUUCCACUGUUGUCAUGUUGAGUUCAGAGUCGGCUGCUGACCUCGCCGCACAUGCUGAUAAACUGCCCCCUCUGUUUACAGGCUGAAACAAUUUGUCAAUUAAUCAAUUAGACGAGCAACAGCUCUUUUGAUAAUUAAUUAAGAGUAACAUUCUCUGAUCCAGCUUCUUAA